CAUGUAGUUUUACUAAUUAAGCCCCCUUCUCCUUCUUCUCCCCACAUUCUUCUCCUGCGGAAGAGAGAGAAAGAGAGCGCGGAAAAAUGGAAGAGACAAAAACCCUUCCCGAAAGCAGAAAGAGGCCUCUCGAAAACGACGUCGUCGCCAUUCAGAAUACUCCUUACUACAAAAUACGCGCCGUUCUGAGAGACCUUCGGCCACAUUUCAUCGAGGUGCUCAAGACCCCCGAUUUUCGAAAUUGCAAGGCAGCUGAUGAUAUCCGUGAAGGGAUGAAGCUUGUGAUGGAGCUGUACCGAGAGAUGACAGCAGAAACCGGUAAGCUGGAGAAAUGCAGUAACGGUAACAUUGAAAAUGGACAAAAGCGUGUGAAGCAUCAUGAACAACAAGAUGUGAAACCCGAAGAGAAUCUUCUCCGUGAUGUUGAUGAAGCUUCUGCUGAACCUUUGGGCGAUCAUGCCACCGACACAUUUAUUGUUGGGGGUUCUGCUUUUGGUUGGAACUUCGUCACUUCCCAUGGCAGCAAAGCUGACUAUUAUGGUCAAACAAAAGAGGAUUUUCGAGCCAAGAAUGCCAAAGAUGAUUCAAAUUAGGGGAAUUUUACAUCUUCACUCUCUCACUAUUCUUGUUUCGCAGAGUUCAUGCGACGAGAUUGAAGUAGAUGGUCGUGUAUAAUGGGUUCGGAUUUUUCGGGAAGGAUUCUUUCUCCUUCUUUCUUUCUUUUUUUCUCCGCUUUAUGUGUAUUUUAGUGAAAACAAAAUGUGGGUGUGAACGAGCUUCUGAAAAACUGUUCAAUUUCUCGUCUCAAGGUUAAAGGAGACUUACUAGAUCAGUAUAUUUUUAGUUUGGACUGAAGUUGCACAUUGUAUUUCUAGAUUUGGCAUUAGUUCCAAUUAUACCCUAUGAUUAGCUGCAGUUGUAAUUCUCCCUAUGAUUAAUCACUUUUUUGGUGUAGAUUAGGUAGAGUGCGAGAGAGUUGAUUAUUUGA